AUGUCGGAGGGCCGAAGGACGCAGGACGCAGGCCUAGAGCAGGCUAGGGCGUAUCGACAACCGCGUGGGGUGAUGAUAGACGAGCUGCGGUCCUCAGACGUACUCUCAGACGAUUCGACCUACACUGCCGCGGAGACCUCCCAACUCGAGUCCUCACCACGUCAUGUGCGCAUCCCGCCGGGACAAGCCAACGACGACAGUUCUGGAUCGUCUUCCGCCCUGCACUCGCUGACCUCCGCCAGCACGCUGAGCACGCUGGAGGGGAAGCUGGAGCUGUCGCCACAAAACGCGGUGGCGGCGCAGAAGGGCAUCCUGCGUGAAUCACUUUUGGACGGGUGGAAGGACGAUGCGAGCGCGGUCAUGGAGUUGGAGUCACCAGAAGAGAUGCAGAAGAAAGAUCCGCUUGGCACGCAGAUAUGGAAAUUGUACCACAAGACGAAAGGGCAGCUACCCAAUUCGGAACGCCUCGAGAAUCUGUCAUGGCGCAUGAUGUCUAUGAACCUACGUCGCAGAGAGCUGGAGAGGCAAGGACUGCUCUCGCAGGCGCCUCAAACCACAAACCGACCUAGCGGCAUUGCACAGCUUCGGAAGUCGUCUGAACAGUCCAGUGUCAACCAGAAAGAUGACCAGAUGAACCUGGACGAUUUCAUCGUGCCGUCUUCGAUGGGCACACCCGCUGGCAUUUCACCCGCGCCCUCAAGUGCGGCAGGCGAUCUAGACUACCCUUCCUUGGUAACAGCAUCUGCCAUCCCUAUCAAACAACAACACCGACUGCAGUCAGAGGACCUAUCAGUCGCACGUGCUUCCGCACCCACAGUCGGACCAUUGGAACAGAGCCGAACCAAUCAAGAAUUCAAUUACGUACAAAGGCACGUGCGCAAGACGAGCAUAGAUGAAAGAAGGCCACCGAAGCGAAGAGCCGAAGCAUCGCCGCAAGUCCCUCCCGUCAACAACAAUGUCAUGGUAUCCCAAGAUCCGGCGGAAGAGGCUGCGUUGCACAACUACUCACUCGAGCCAACCCCGACUGUUCACCCACAAGCCCAGCACCCUAACAUCCCAUUCAACCUCAACACCUUUGACCUCGAGAAUGAUCCUAUCAUCAACUCCGCAGGGCCACUGCAACAUAGCUUUGGCUUCUCUCCCGUUGGAUCGCCCAUGUUCAGCAACGGCGCUUUUAGUGGAAUGUACACACCUCAGACCACGAUGCCGCCGCCGAUGAGCAUGUCGAACUUCCAGUCACCGAUCCAGUCUACCUAUCCUUCCACGGUCUCUACUCCACAACCCAUAGCAGAGACGCAUGAGAACAUGUUCUUUGGUGGUCAGUCGCAAAUGCAGCACGGCCACGCAUCCAUGCCAAAUUUCAAUCACCUGCCGCUUCAGCAAACGCCAAGUCAACCGCAGGCACAGCAAUUCGUCUUCAACCCUACUGGUGACAGCAUGUUCAGUGCCAUGUCUUCUAGUGCACCUACGCACAACUUCUUACAGCCGACCUUCCAAAUGCCAGGACAUCUUGACAUGCCUGGUGGCUCUCACGACUUCAUGCAAUCUGGCAGCUUGCCGCUGUCUCACCACGACAACAUGUUCACGUUCGGAGGAGAUGACGACGAUGAAGACGACGAUACCAUGCAAUUCAAUGACCCAAACAUGAUGAUGCCGCAAAGCUAUUCACCAAUGGAGGACAUGAACAACGGCUUCCAAUGGGAUCAAAAUCUGUCAAAUCAGUUCAAUCCCACUGCUGCACGCUAUCCGGCUGGUCCGCCAAGGAAGGGUGUUACGAUUGGUCAUACCGAGAUGAUACCUUCGCCGCAGGGCUGGGAUCAGUCUGGUCUGGGUCGUGGACAUGGAUCAGCUGCAUCAGUCAGCGACAUGAGGAAUCGUGGUGGUGAUCCGAGGACGAAGAAGAUACCAAGGACAACGUCUACACCGAAUACAGUCGGGAUGGCAACUGGAAUGUUUUCGAUACGCACGCAGUCGUCACCUUCGUCGCCGCCAGAAUCGGGCUUUGGAUCUGCUGCCCCAUCGAGGCCAGGCAGUCCGCGGCCGGACAGUGGAGUCCCUACGACCUGCACGAACUGCUUUACACAAACGACACCGCUCUGGCGUCGUAAUCCCGAAGGCCACCCUCUGUGCAAUGCUUGCGGGUUGUUCUUGAAGCUGCACGGUGUAGUGCGACCAUUGAGCUUGAAGACAGACGUGAUCAAGAAGCGCAACAGAGGCAGCGGCAAUGCUGCUCCUGUGGGUACAAUGCGAGGUAAGAAGGGCGCAAGCCGUAAGAACUCGGUAGCACAAACAACAGCCACCACCCCGACUUCAGCCAGAGGCUCCAACAACGACGCCGAUUCGCCCAAAUCACUUGCCGGAUCAGCCGGAAGUGGAACUGCGGCCACGACGCCUACGAGUUCCGGACCUGCCGAGAAGCCAGUGCCGAAGGUCGUCGCUAUUGCUCCUGGACCGCCGAAGCCUGUCUCCCAGCCGCCUGCUUUGGUCCCGACACGAACAAUGGCACCCCGCAAAGCAAGACGUCAAAGCAGAGCUAGUAUGCCGACUGCACCCGAGGAUACAGAAAUGGUAGACGCAAGCACCACGAGUCCAGGCGCGGCUGGUGCGAGCAGGAGUAAUGUCCCGAUUGCCCCCUCGGCACCACCUCCCUUGGCUCCAAAUAUGCUCUCGCAAGCCGAUCUUGCAGCUAUGCAGAGUCAGAUGAUGGCUGCGCCGAAUGGUGGGCCGAUGCAAGGACGUCUUGUACUGGGUCCGAAUGGCGAGCUCCCAGCUGGAGUGCAUCCGGGUAUGUUGACGGGUCCGCAAGAGUGGGAAUGGUUGACUAUGAGCUUGUGA